AUGUACUACAGGACAGGGCAACAGAUUCUGCUCUGUGGUCAUCAGAUUGAAGGUGGAUGGGCAGUGGAGGUGAGCAGAGCAAAACUAGCACGGAAGAUGAGGCCAGAAAACUAUGAUAACUCAGAGGGGAAAUCACUACAAGGGGAAGGAGUAGAGCUCUACAGGUUGAGAACAGACAUUGUUUUACCAUUCAAUUCGUUGGAUCUAAUUAAAGGUGCACUUCCUAUGACCUCCAAUUUUCCACCAGCCCACCCACACCCAUAG